AUGGCAAAAACAAAACACUCACAGUUUAUGGAGUACGGGCGCUUCAGAGAGAGAAGGGAGCCAGAAUAUCCGUCCAUCUUCGAGAUCUUUCCCUGUCAGCCGACUCCAGGACCUGCCCCUCGAAUCAAGAAAGAAGAGAAUAAUAAGGACGACACUGGGAAGGACGGCCGUGCAGAGGGCCAUGCUGUUGGUCGCGUUAAGAAGAGGAAGGCAGCCAAAGAAAUACCAUCGUCAGAUGACCGCGAGCGUAGACACACCGAGCAGCGUCGCCGUCGCCGCAAGAGACGUCAGAAUAAACUGGUCGCUGCGCCGCUGGAGGGCCCUGCUGGGGUCCACGUUAUUGGGCGCUUCAAAGUAAAUAAGGUAGUUGAAGAUAAUCCACCGCGCAAGGAUCAAGACAGCGACGUAACUUCAGAAAGGGAGAUUUGCCCCAAGGAAGGAGAUAUAAUACUGCUCGAUGCGCCGCAGGAGGGCCCCGCUGAGGUGGAUGCUGCCCAGGUGGAUCAAGAGGAGGAGAGAGUAGCUAAUUGUCUCGUGGAUGCUGCCCAGAUGGAACAAGCCCAUCACUAUUUACAUGAGAAGACAGUUGAGGGUCGCAUGGGUGCUGCCAAGGUGGUUGAAGUGUGUGGAGAGAUUAAGGAAGGGGCAGAUGAGAGUCUCGAGGAUGAUGCUGAGGUUGACAAAGCAUGUGGAAAUGAGGAGGAAGGUGCAGCUAAGAGUCGCAUGAAUGCUGCCGACAUGGAAGAAGCGAGUCAAGAUUUAGAAGAGAAGGCAGCUGAGAGUCUCAUGGAUGCUGUCAAGAUGGGCGAAACAUGUGGAGAGAUUGAUGAAGGGGCACAUGAUGGUGUUGUGGAUGCUGGUGAGACUGACACAGUAUGUGGAGAUGAGGAUGAAGAGGCAGCUGAGUGCCUCAUGAUUACUGCCAGGAUGGAACAAGCCCAUCAAGAUUUACAGGAGAAGAUAGUUGAGAGUCGCAUGGGCGCUACCGAGAUGGGCGAGACAUGUGGAGAGAUUGAGGAAGGGGCAGAUGAGAGUCUCGAGGAUGAUGCUGAGAUUGACAAAGUAUGUGGAAAUGAGGAGGAAAGUGCGGCUAAGGGCCCUGUGAAUGCUGCCGAGAUGGAAAAAGCUCAUCAAGAUUUAGAGGAGGACGCAGCCGAGAGUCUGAUGGAUGCUUCCAAGAAGGAGGAAGUUCGUGUAGAUGUUGAGGAGGGAACAGCUAAGAGUCUUUGUAGCCAACCCUCGGGUGCCGCUUGCACCCACUGA